GUUUUGAUUGCGUAUUGCGUUGUUUUUGCUUGGAACUUAGGAGCAUUUACUUGCUAUUUAGUAUAUUUUAUUUACUUACAUAUAUACCGAUUGUUUCAAUUAUUUUUGAUUCUGAAAUGGGGAAAAACAAAACUAUUCCCAGUGGAGAGCGGACUAUUAUAUUAAGAGUCCUGCACUUUUUUGAAGAAGAGAAGAAAAAGGGCUCGCCUCUUCUUCCUCUGAAAAAAGCAUUAAGCAGGACAAGCACAGCUACAGGCGUCAGUUUAAGUACAAUAACUCGCAUAAAGAAGGAAGAACUGAAGAUUAUUCAGGAAAUUUCUCAUACGAAACCGCAAGAAUCAUGUUCUGAACAAACUGCACCAACUCUAGUUUCACAGUCAAGGCCCGAAGUAAUCCUGCCGACACCAGGAAAGAAACGUGGUCCUGCACACAAUAAAAUGGUUAUUGAUGAUAGAACAAUUUGUGCUAUAAAAGACAUAGUGAACAACUUCUACAAAGAAAAAAAUGAAUUGCCAACAUUAAAAAAAAUAUUGGCUGUAGCAAAAGCAAAUUUCAAUUUCCCAGGCCAAAAGGAAACUCUACGCAAAAUUUUGAGGGAAAAAUGUGGAUAUACAUUUACUAAAUGCGUAAGGAGAAGUGAUAUUUUGAAAGGUAGAAAUGAGGUGGGCUUUUGGAGAGCUCGCAAUGUUAAAACGAAGGAGAAGAAACAGUUUGGUAAAGAUAAAAAAAGGAAAAAGGUUAAAAUUGAAGAUUUAAAUAAAACUAAUUUUGAUAAAAUUGAAAAUUCACAGAGCCAACUUAAUAAAACUAUAAAUGAAUGCAGAGAAAUAGUAUAUGAACAUAGCAAAAUGGUAAAUAGUCAUAGCGAAAUUGUUAACAGACAUAGUGAAAUGGCCAGUGAAAUGGUGAAUAAUUUUAACAAAUUCGAUAACAGACAUAGCGAAAUGGGCAAUGAACAAUGUGAUAAUGUUACUGGUUGUAAUGAAAUUGGAAUUGUUCAUAGUGAAAUUGGAAAUGUACACUGUGGAAUGGCUAAUGAACACAGUGAAAUUGGAAGGUAUACAGUUAAUACAAUGAAAAAUGAACAGAUAGAAUUGAGAAUAGAUAAGCAAUAUGUUGGUGUUGAAAUGUCUAUGGUAGAGUAUUGAUCAAUUUGUUGAAUUAAGUAAAAAAAAAUUGUAAUAUUCUUUCCCAAGGUGGGGACCAAAAUGCCUUAAACACAAACUCAAACUCAAAAUAUUUAUUGCAUAACUGUGUAGACAUGUCAAUGGAUAUUGCCACAUCUUUCUGCAACAUACAUACAUGCAUACAUUUUAAAUCCCUUGCGGGGAAGACAUAGCCGACAGUCUUGAAGGGACUAAAAGGCCACAUUUGGCUAUUAUUUUGCAUUGUAUACAACCAUUGGUUCGAACAUUCUUUGCUGCAUAUCAUCAGGCAUGUUACCUGGUGAAAAAUCUUCCCUUUGGUGGUGGUCAGGUCAGAAACAUCGCAAACUGUUCUAGAAAGUCACAAGCUGUUGCAGUCAUUCACAACAGCAUUCCAUGCUGAGAAUAAGGGAUUGAUCAUGUAACUAGAAACUAAAUGCUUCCACAAUUAAAUUGCUGAAGAUAUAUGGAAAAAAAUAUUGAUGGUUUUAUUUGAGGCCUAAAACCAUAUGGCAGAGGGAAGGCCCUGAAUAUGGAUGAUGACAAGUUGUUAAAACAAUAUUAAUUAGUAAAUAACAUGAUACAUGCAUUUUCUUAAAGUUUCUAAAAGUUCAUUUUAAAAAUAAAUAAAAAAAUAUAACUUUGCCAUCAGUGAAUAAAAAAAAUAUAGAACAACUUUUAAUAACAAAUCCAUAAACGCAAUAAUUAAGGUAGCUUCAUGAUGCGAACAAAAAACUCAGGUGUAACGUCUUACUUGAGUAAUGGUACGUAAGAGGCGUUUUGGAGCCUAUCCCUUAGUCGCCUUAGACAUCCAUGGGAACAAGAUGGGACGUAUUGUAAAACAUCAUAAUAAAUAAGGUUUUGGGAACACACCAUUAUUAAUUUUGUAGCUAAAAUAUGUAGUCUGGAAGAUUUUAAGAAAGAGUGAAUAUUAUAUUAUUUUAAUAUUA